AUGAACAAUUCAACAUAUUUACGCGCCGUUUCAGGGCUAUUAUUGUUUUUAAAUGAAAUACCUGAAUUUAGUAAGUAAUAAUUAUUAAACAAAAUGUCUUGGAACCUAAUUAAGUGUAAACAUCGAGAGGUUCAAUUGAUCGGAACUCUUAAUGGAGGACAAAGCUUCAGAUGGACAUAUAAUCAAGAAAAUGAUCAAUGGAUCGGGAUUUUCUCGAAGACAGUGUGGAAACUGCGUCAAAAAGAUGAUUGCUUACAUUACCAAGUCAUAGGUUCUUUGUUGAAUAAAUCUACUAAAAAUAAAGCAAAACAAGUUAAUAACAAAGCGGAAGUAAAUGAAAACGGGUUAUUUACGAGUUUGCUCGAGAAAUAUUUUCGCUUGGAAGUGGAUUUGGGUAGUUAUUACAAGAAAUGGUCAGAAAGCGAUGAGUUGUUUAAAACGGCAGGGCAGCAGUUCUACGGUAUCAGGAUGCUGGCGCAGGAGCCUGUCGAGAACCUGUUCUCGUUUAUUUGCAGCCAGAAUAAUCACAUAUCAAGGAUAUCAAGCAUGGUUGAAAAGUUAUGCUCUAACUAUGGAGAAGAAAUCUGCACCCAUGAAGGCACCACAUACUAUGCUUUUCCUGAAGUUGAAAAGCUGUGUGAGCCAAAGAUGGAAUCUCAGCUACGUGAGCUUGGGUUUGGCUACAGAGCCAAAUUUAUCCAAAAGUCGGCAGCGCAGAUUGUGGAGUGGGGGGGAGAGGAAUGGUUCAAGUCCCUCCAAGAGAUGAAGUACAAGGAUGCCAAGAGUGAGCUCAUGAAGCUGCACGGAAUAGGACCUAAGGUGGCCGACUGCAUCUGCCUUAUGUCCCUCCACCACCUGGAAGCCCUGCCGGUGGACACGCACGUGUACCAGAUCGCGACGCACUACCUCCCUCACCUGCGCGGCCGGAAGUCCGUCACCGACAAGAUGUACGCGGAGAUCGGCGAUCACUUCCGGAACCUGUAUGGAGACUUGGCCGGCUGGGCGCAUACUGUACUGUUUUGUGCAGAUCUAAAGAAGUUUCAACAAAAUGGCGACGAUGAGUGUGUCAAACCGAAGAAGAGGAAAAAAUGAUCUGUAAUAAUCAAUAAUAUUAACAAAUAAAAGAGUUGUAAGAUGA